AUGCUCACGCAAAUGUUCAAUGCUACUGAAAAAGUUGUAUCGUUUGCAGAACCAAAUUGUUUGUACUAUCUAUCAAUAGUUUAUGAUAGGAUGCAGGAGUCCUAUGACACAGGAUUGGACACCGAAGUAUUUGAACGUCUGGCAAAAAACGUUAUUCGAUUGUUGUGUAAAAGAACAGAAGGAGAUGAAAUCGCAUACUUCAUCAAAAAACCCUAUAAAAGUAGCUCAGUCAUUAAGAAAGCUAGCUUAUUCAAAUUUUUCUGCAAGAAUGAUGCUACACUUCGGGAGAGGUUCGGCAGAAAGAAGUUGCUUAGUAAUGAAAUUAAUCGAAUAAAGAUAGAUUCUGAAUAUGCCUACUGUAUGUGGAGAUGGUUGAUAUCUUCAUAUCUUUAUUUGAAAUUUAGUAAAAUGAUACAAAACUACCCUGCAAUCAGAUACGAGGACAUUGUUGAAAGUCCAUCAGAAGCAAUGAAUACAAUUUUCAGCCACUGGAACUUAUCGAUCGAUCUUGUCCCCAAGGCGGUUAGAGCUUUGAAAUGGGAUUCACAAGCAAAUACUUCCCUCUCUACAGAAAUUCAAAAGAGGAUUUCAGAUUUAUCUUUUGAUGAAGAAGCUAGAACUGAAUGCAAUCAACUUGCAGAUCAGUUGGGACUUCCGAAAUUAACCGAAAAAAAUUAUGUUCUUGUAAACACAAUUACUCAAAUGAAUGGGCACCAAUAA